CAUGGAUUGGCUGGCUGCUGUGCUGCCGUCAUUUAGCGUCUACCCCAGGUCAAGAACGGACUGGACGGACCCAUAACCAAUCUAACCAAAGCCAAUUUCGUCAAUUCCCAGCUGGCGAGCACAAUCCCAUUUCCAGGGUUGGCCGCCAACUGUUAAAAGGCACUAUUCGUCUCUCCACCUGCCCGCCCCUCGAUGGCCUGCGCGUAGUAAUUAUUCUACUGCUUUUUUGCCUCUUUUGCCCUCUUGGUCUAUACUCUACCCUACUCUCCAAAUUGCCUGCCAUCAAUUGGUCCAAACUGGACUUCGUUUGAUGACAUGACUCGCACCGUGGACGAGAUCAAAUACGAGACCCCUUCUUCAUGGGAGCACAAGAGCUUGGACGUUGCCGAGGAUGGCAGGCGACUAGCUCCCCAUUCCGACACAGCUCGUCCGAAAGGCCGGAUACGACGAUCCAUGACUGCCUGUCACACAUGUCGGAAGCUUAAAACAAGAUGUGAUCUAGAUCCGCGCGGUCAUGCGUGCCGUCGCUGUCUAUCUCUAAGAAUCGAUUGUAAGCUGCCAGAAACGACCGAUCGGUUCCAAGACAGUGCUGCGAUGUGGCCAGACGCCACCUCGGCAAUUCCCUCCAUUGAGGAGCGCCUCAACUCCCUAGAACGAUCCAUGAGGGAGAUGACGGGCAUGAUGCGGCAGAUGCUAGAUCACUCCCCAGGUUUCGCAAAUACUUCAAUUCCGCACUUGUCAAAAAGUAUCAUGACGGAUGAUACUGCCUCCAUGGAGGGAAGCCCGUCGUCUCCCUUCCUGCCUAAACCCGUUCGCCUCAUUCAGGACCUCCAGUCCGACUUCUUCGGAGAAGCAGAGACUUCCCCCGUUGACUCUCCCCUCUCCAGUGACGGUGCCGCCAAGGGCGCUAUCGACUCCAAACUAUCCCUCAAAUUGUUGCAAACGUUUGUCGAUCACUUCGGUGCCUGCGUUUCUAUUUACAAUCUCUCCGAUAUCCACAAUGACAUGAAAGCCCCCGACUCUCUACUGUAUAAUACUGCAUGCCUUCUAGCUUCACGCUAUGUCCCGGGGAUACCAGCGUCUGCUGUGCAUGCUCUAUAUCUUCAAGUGCGACAUGCGGUAGUCAACAUCUUGUGGGAGAAACCUCCCCUGAAGUAUGAGACCCUCCAAGCACUUGCACUUCUCUGUCUCUGGCCAGCAACCGCCCAGAAAGAGCCACCCAUGGACAGCUGGCUGUUGAGUGGCAUCUCAAUCAACCAUGCGAUUAUUGCGCUUGAGUUUAUAAACUAUGCGCCCUCGGAAGUUGUGGUGGACAAUGAAACGGCUGCGCAGCUGCGGCUAUGGAAUACAUAUUGCUUGACACAGCUACAUUUUGCGGUCGGCAAUGCGCGUCCAUUCCAUAUCCAGCAGAGAUACCUUGAUCACUGCCCACGGAUACUAGAGCACCCCGCAGCAACCUUGGAGGACGCCAGGGUUGUCGCGGAAAUACAGCUCUAUUUAAUUACAUUGCGGCUCCAGAGCAAUAGCAGUCGAAUGCGGUUGGCGGACCUUGACUAUGAGGAAAUCGAGCGAUGGAAAAGGGAAUGGGCUCACCUUUUCUCUGGUGAAAGUUCCACAUUGGAGCUGAGCCUUUGGUUCUGCCAGACACUCCUUCACCGCACAGCAAUGAGGCUUCAGCCCAGAUCCGACAGGCUCGCAUCUGAGGUUCUGCAAACCUCACGUCUGAUCAUAUCGCGAUUCCUCCAGAUCCGGUACUCUACCGCAUUGAGCCUUGUCGACCAGGUCUACUUCAUUGUCGGCUACGCUGCUCUGAAUUUGUGUGAUUUCAACCUCAUGGACCCGCUUAUCGAGCAGGUGCAGAUGUUCCUGCUGCAUCUCGCGCCCAACGAAGACCAUAUCGCAUACCGGUUUUCGUGCAUGGUCGCCGAGUUCAAGCGGCGAUGUAGCAGUGCGGAAUGCAAUGAUCCGUCGUCCACGGUCAAAGGGUCUCCGCUAUCAUCCUACGGCGACAGUCGUAAGAUGAGCAUGGGUCAAGCGCCGUUCAUGCCACCGCUCAUGGAUGGCAUGAUCGAGGGGUACGGCUUCGAGCAACUGAUACCAGAAGUCAUGCCGAGUUCUUUUCCGGAUGGGAUACUCAACGGAAUGCCUGUGACUGGGCUAGCAGCGUAUCGGUCAGCGACGCUGUAAGUGAUUCAAUGAGGUCAAGCAGGAGAUGGACAUAGGUGGGGUGGGUAUGGUAGUAGCAGUAGUACUACCAGGGAUAACCUGCCUGCAGUGGUGUGGUGAUUUAGUUUCUGCCCAUGGACUGGGCUGAACCUAGCAUGAUGACGUGCAACGAAAAUGAUAAUAUCCAAGGCCUGGCACUAAACAAACAAAGAUAAAAUAAUAUUUUUUAAUCCACGAU